GAUCGUGAGUGGCGCGCAUGCGUGGUACAUCCCGUCGAAUUUUCUCACAUUUCGAUAUUCCGUUCUGCACUUUUGCAUCGUCUGGGUGUCUUAGCGAGACUUCCGGCAAUAUGGACAGAAGACAGUUUUCAGGGAGUCUUGCGGAGCUGGGACUGAAUGACCACCACCAGGGCAAUGUGGUUAACUACAUGCGAUUUGCACGCUACAAGCGAGGGCAAUGUCUGAAGUCUGUGGACUUGUGCUUCGAGGACCUGAAAGACAGCCGAUUGACAGACGACACCUUUACGCUGGAUGAAGUUAUCCAGAUGAUGGACGGGUUAGAGACCGUGGUUCGCAGUGAGGUGGAGUCAGAACUGAUCAACACGGCGCACACCAACGUCCUGUUGCUACGGCAACUCUUCAGCCAGGCAGAGAAAUGGCACCUCAAGCUGCAGGCUGACAUAUCUGACCUGGAGAACAGAGAAUUAUUAGAGCAGAUCAUGGAGCUGGAAGAAAAGGAAUUUGCUGGCAAGGCAGCGAACACAAAGCCAUCGUUUGACUCCAAAGCCUCCAAACUGGAACCCCUGAAUGAAGGAGGAGGGGCAGCACUGCUACAUAUGGAAAUCGAGCGUUUGAAAGAAGAGAAUGAAAAGCUGAGGGAACGGAUGAAGUCAGUGGAACAAAGAGCCACAGGUGUGCUGAAGGAUAAGACAAGACUAGAAGAUGAGCUGAGUCAGACACAGGAUGCUCUUGGCCAGGCAAGGACACAAAAAUCUGAUAACUCUGGAGACUUCUCUGACCUGGAAGCACAGAUGGCAAAGGUGAAGAUGGAGAUGUCACAGGGCCUGGAUGCUAAAACGUUGGAGGCUAAGAGUUUAGAGGGAGAUUUAAUCAGCACAAAGCACAAACUGUUAGAGGUACAGGAGCAUCUGGAAAUGGCAGAGAAGGAGUUGGACAAGAAGUUCCAGGAGACAGGUGCUUAUAAGAACAUGAAGAAGAUGCUGACUCAAAAGAACGACCAGAUUAAGGACUUAAGAAGACGUCUCAGGCAGUAUGAAUCUGAUGAUUGAAGAGGCUGUGCCUUUAGAUGACGUGAUGGUAACAAAUCAUCGGGACAUCGGAAAAACCUGCUUCACUCGACUGCACGGUGGAACUUAUUUUUGACAAUUGAAUUAGGCUAAGGGUAGUAAGGCCACAUGGACUUAAUUUUAUGGAUGACAUCUGCGCGCGCAUUGAUUUUCG